CCCACCAUUUCUCUGACAAACCGCCACGUCACUAAAAAUGGUGGCAAUUUCCCGUAAUUAAAACCAAAAACCACGUCCCAUUUCUCCUGCUUCUUAUAUUGAAAACUCUCUUCAGUGUUAUCACUCUUCAAACUCACUCUCUCUCUCUCUCAAACUCAGCUACCUUACUCUCCUUCUCUGCUUUCUCUCUCUCUCUAAGAAACCGCCAUCUCUGGCCGCGGUUUCUAAGCACGACGUCGUUUUGGUGUCAACCAUAAAGAGCAAUCACAACUCGCGGUUUGUUUGUUUGUUUGUUUUUUUUUUCCGGUAACCGGAAAACGCAACUCAUUCUCUGUGAAAGUCUCCGAUGCGCCGCCGAAUUCGGUGACCUAUUAUGGGUUGCGUUUUCAGCUCACCGUCGACGAGCGAGUCGCGCCGCAAGAAGCCGUCGUCCUCCUCCGAUAACAGCGGCCGCCGGAGACGGCGCCGGAGCGCCGAGGAGCGUGCCGCGACCGACGUCGGGGUUAGGAAUGGGGCGGCCGAGAAAGAGAGGCGGAAUGUUAACAUCAGGUUGAGUCACUCCGCCGGAGCUGACUUUCCGGCGAGUUCUACUCCGGCGGCGGGGAUUGAUCGCCGGAAGCCGAGAGUCGAGCCUUGCAUGCUUAGGAACCAGCAGGGAUGGCCGGCGUGGCUCGUGGAGGUCGCCGGCGACGUCAUCAAAGACUGGACUCCUCGCCGGGCCAACACAUUUGAGAAGCUCUCUAAGAUUGGGCAAGGGACUUAUAGCAAUGUAUAUAAAGCUAAAGAUCUAAUAAGUGGGAAAAUAGUGGCUUUGAAAAAAGUUAGAUUCGAUAAUUUAGAGCCAGAGAGUGUUAAAUUCAUGGCCAGAGAGAUUCUAGUUCUGCGAAAACUUGACCACCCCAAUGUGGUAAAGCUUGAAGGCUUGGUCACUUCAAGAAUGUCUUGUAGUCUUUACUUGGUUUUUGAAUACAUGGAGCAUGAUCUCGCCGGCCUAGUCGCGUGCCAAGGCCUCAAAUUCACUGAAUCCCAGGUCAAGUGCUACAUGAAGCAAUUACUGUCUGGACUUGAGCAUUGCCACAGCCGUGGUGUCUUACACCGUGAUAUCAAGGGUUCCAAUCUUCUCAUUGACAAUGAAGGAGUUUUGAAAAUAGCUGAUUUUGGACUGGCGACUUUCUAUGAUCCAGGGAAGAAGCAACCUAUGACUAGUCGAGUUGUCACACUCUGGUACCGGCCCCCUGAACUUCUUCUUGGGGCUGUGAUCUAUGGUGUUGGUGUGGACCUCUGGAGUGCUGGCUGCAUCUUGGCAGAGUUACUUUCUGGGAAGCCAAUCAUGCCAGGGCGAACAGAGGUUGAACAGCUGCAUAAAAUAUUUAAAUUAUGUGGUUCCCCAUCAGAGGAAUAUUGGAAGAAAUAUAAAUUGCCAAAUGCAACACUUUUUAAGCCACAGCAGCCUUACAAACGUUGCUUAGCAGAAACCUUCAAGGAUUUCCCACCUUCUUCUCUACCUUUAGUUGAAUCUCUUCUCUCGAUAGAUCCCGAUGGGCGACACUCUGCCACCGAUGCUCUAAACAGUGAAUUCUUUGCCUCUGAACCUUUUGCUUGUGAGCCAUCAAGUUUACCAAAGUAUCCACCAAGCAAAGAAAUGGACGUCAAAUUAAGAGAUGAAGAAGCGAGAAGGCAAAGAGGUCUAAGUGGAAAAUCUAAUGCUGUUGAUGGUGGUAGAAGAGUUAGAGCUCGUGACCGUGUUGGUCGGGCAGUUCCGGCUCCAGAAGCCAAUGCAGAGAUUCAAGCAAACUUAGAUAGGUGGAGAAUUGUGACCCAGGCAAAUGCCAAGAGCAAGAGUGAAAAAUUCCCGCCUCCCCAUCAAGAUGGAGCAGUUGGAUACCCACUAGAUACAUCACAUAAAGGCCCAGUAUCAUUUGGGGCACCUGAUACUUCUUUUGGCUCAUCAAUAUUCAAUUCGAAGACAUCAGGACCGGUCAAAAGUACUGGGGUUACGGGAGGGCCUUCUAGAAGGAAGAGAACGAAUAAAGAAGACCCUCACAUAGCUUCAUCUCGGAAGUUUAUCCGUGGUUUCAAGCCAUCCUCAAUAGGGCUUUCAAUGGAUCUACUAUUCAGGGCUAAAUAAUCCAUUCUAAGGUUUUUGGAAGCUGAAAGUAGAGGUAAAGUAUCAUAGGAUAAUAUCAAUUUUUGCAAUUAGGUUUUCUGUCAAGCUUAGCUUGGUUUUGCAAUAUGCUUCCCCUCAUUGUUUCCAUUUUUUGCACUUCAAUCAUUAUAAGCGUUUGGUGUAUAAUCCGCAGAACAGCAACCUGAAAACUUGUAUAUUCAGAGGAAAAGAAAAGAAGAAGAAGUGGAAUCCCACUUCUGUUGUACAGUUUUUGGAAGCAAGUUCUAGCUCUACAAUCAUUGAAAGUGGUAUUCCUCAGAAAUAUAUAUAAUCUUGGAAAAUCAUAGCAUUACCGAAUUGUCUUUGUAUUAAGGUCUUAAAUCCUGGACUCUUUUAACUCCAAGGCAAUACAAACCGGGAAAACACUACAAAACAAAAGGGCAAAUAGGCAUUUACAAGGAGUUCAUGUUAUAGGACACUACUUUUGGAAUGGUCAGCUGGCUGGUGUAAAAGUAGAGGGGUGAAAAGAAAAAGUUGGGAUGAAGUACAUGAAUUAUAGUUAUUAUAUAGCGCACUUUCCAUCCUGGAUAUGAUUAAAGCAUAUCUGGAUAUGCCAAAUUGCUAACUGAUGAAGAUAAAUACAGCUCCCUCGGAUGCCUAUCGUUUACUACUUGACUCUAUGAUUCUUCGGCUCAAGGACGGUAAUAAUUAAGACUGUGUUUGGUAAUGGUGUGUAAA